AUGAUACAGUCUAAUCCUCCUGAUCCCUCGGAUGAAUGGCGAUCAACGUUGUUCGGAGAACAGGGAAUACUGACUGCAUUAUUUCGAUUGCUAGAUCAACAGAGAAAAAUCGCGUCGAACAGUCCUUCUUACAAAGUAAAUGAUGUAAACAAAUUCGAUCUGAAAAAAGUAUUUGACAUGAUUUUAAAAGAGGAUGCUCGCGGUGAUUUCGUCGAUCCGAGGUCUGAACUUUCCGAGUUCCUCGGGCUAUGCAACAAACUCAGCUGUGGCGACAUUUACAAAUCAAUCGACAAGUUUAGGAAAUCUGAGCUCUUUACGAACUUUCAGAUAGCUCUGAGCCUCAUACAAGAUCCCAAUGGAUGGGAAACGCUUGGAAAUCUUUUGUCAAAUCCAGAACUCAUUUCUCAUUUUGUCGCUGGUACCGGAAUGGAGGAACUCCUUGGAAGCGCACUGGGGGACAAAAAGGAGUUAGCAAAAAGUAAGCAAAAUGGUCACCUUGCAUAA